AUGGCCGGUACAAGGAAUUAUGACUUCUUGAUCAAAUUGCUCCUGAUUGGGGAUUCCGGUGUGGGGAAAUCAUGCUGCCUUUUGCGCUUCAGCGAGGACUCCUUCACGCCGUCUUUCAUUACUACCAUCGGAAUUGACUUUAAGAUUCGUACUAUUGAGUUGGACGGCAAGCGCGUUAAACUUCAGAUAUGGGACACCGCUGGACAAGAACGCUUUAGAACAAUCACAACUGCAUACUACAGAGGAGCAAUGGGCAUUCUUCUUGUUUAUGAUGUCACAGAUGAACGAUCAUUCCAAAAUAUCCGGACAUGGUUUUCAAAUGUCGAGCAACAUGCUAGUGAAGGCGUGCAUAAGAUUCUCAUCGGGAACAAAUGCGACUGGGAGGAAAAACGAGCAGUGUCAACCGAACAAGGCCAGCAACUUGCCGAUGAGCUUGGGAUCCCUUUUCUGGAGGUCUCAGCCAAGAAUAAUAUCAACAUCGAGAAAGCUUUCUACGAUCUCGCCUCAGAAAUAAAGAAGGGCAUGGAUACAUCAAAGGCAGAACAGGCCGGUCCGCAGGGUGUCAGUAUAGACCAACAAGGCUCCGGACUGAAUGGUAACACGGGAGUUCGACCAUUGUCAAAGCAAUCACGAAAUGACCACCGAGAUGCGUUCCGCGUUUAUCUUUCCUCCUCCUCAUUAGCUUCAAUGAAGCUCCGAGCCGGGGAUACCUGCAUAAUCGGGCCACCUGGAGGAAUUUCGAAAACAGCCAUAGCCUGGAAUGCAACCGAAAACAUUCAGAACUCGGUGGUCCAGACUUCGCGAACACUUCAGGACCGCUAUGACAUAAAACUGGGGGAAAAGGUCUCGAUCAGCAAAAGUGAAAAUGCCCUGGAGGACAUCGAAUCAAUAUAUUUCGCCGAAUGUUCGGAUGCCGACAAACUCUCAAGUUAUGGCCCUCUUGCCCAUACGGAGAGAUGCCAUUGGGCAUGGGCCUUGGAAUUUCCCUUAUCGAAAUGUGAUGCUCUUGCGGUCGGCUUGACCUUCGAAAUGGAACUGAGAGGCCAGCGACGAAGUUUCCGAGUGUCAGAUAUACAAGCCCCCAAUAGAACCACCCAGAACACCCUGUUCAGGUUCACUAAAGACACCGCCAUUUUAGUUGGCGAAGAAAGAGAGGCCAAGAAAGAUCGAACUUGGCACCUUCAAGUACGACCAGCCGGCCUUGGGGGGAUGACUCGCCAGCUUGGUAGCAUCAAUGAGGCCCUUGCCGACUUCAAUUCGGGGUCUGAAAAUCUAGUCAUGCCAUCUUUUUAUGAGCAUAUUCAAGGUAUCCUUCUCUAUGGCCCGAAAGGAACCGGCAAAACCAAGCUCUUGGCCCAGAUCCAGGAAGCCGGAUGGAGGAAAUCUUUUAAUAUCAGCUCUUCUCUAUUCACAAGGAACAUCGCCGACGGCGAAGCCAAACUCCGGAAUGCCUUCAAGGAUGCAAUCCGCUGCCAACCUAGUGUUGUGAUUAUCGAUCAGCUAGAGUUCGUUGCUCCUAAGCGAACGUCAAUGGAAUCAUCAUCUCUAGCGCUGGUGCUAUGCGAAUGUAUAGAAGCUAUGAAAGGUGCUUUUGUUAUGGUUGUGGGUGCAACUCGUCACCCAAACGACGUUGACGAUGCCUUGAGAACGCCCCAUCGAUUAUCAUUAGAGAUUGAGCUGCAGGUCCCUUCAGCGCAGAACCGCGUGGAGAUAUUGCGCGCGUUAUGUGGAUACCCUUCCUUGGGCUUGAGCGAUAGACUGAUAGAUAUGAUGGCCGAAAAAACACAUGGUUAUGUUGGGGCCGAUUUAUUUGCCUUGCUUCAAUUGGUAUGCCGUAAAGCGCGGCUAAGACAGGUCUCCGAGAAAGACUCCUCUGACAGUCUCCCCAAUCUGAGCCCAGCCUGCCCGUUAGGUAUCCAGGACGUGGAUAUUUUGUCGGCUCUACAAGAAACUCGCCCUACUGCGAUGCGGGAGGUAUUCUUAGAGACCCCAAAAGUGAGAUGGUCCGAUAUUGGUGGGCAGCAUGAUAUCAAAAAACGCCUUCAAAAGGCUGUUGAAAGGCCUUUGAAACACCCGGAACGGAUGAGGAGACUCAAUGUAAAUAGCAAGAAAGGUGUCCUACUCUACGGGCCCCCGGGUUGCUCCAAGACCUUGACGGUCAAGGCACUUGCUACGGAGGCCGGGCUAAACUUUUUGGCCGUUAAAGGCGCCGAGAUCUUGAGUAUGUUUGUUGGCGAGUCGGAGCGAACAUUACGAGACAUCUUUCAAAAAGCCCGAUCGGCGAGACCUAGCAUCAUCUUCUUCGACGAGAUUGAUGCGAUUGCCGCGAAACGAAGUAAAACAACUCAAGGAGGGGUUAAUGUACUCACGACUUUGCUCAAUGAAAUGGACGGCAUCGAAGAAUUACGGAGUGUCCUGGUCGUCGCUGCAACCAACAAGCCUGACGUGAUCGAUCCAGCCCUGAUGCGUCCAGGCCGCCUGGACAAUCUUCUUUACAUAGGGCCUCCUGAUUUGGAAGCGAGAAAGGAGAUUUUGAAUAUUUGGUGUCGCAAAUCAGUGGUUCAUCCCGAAGUAGGACUGGAUGCCUUGGCUGAGAAAACCGAGGGUUACUCGGGGGCUGAGAUUGUGAGUAUCUGUGAGACGGCCGGAGAUGCUGCAUUGGACGAGGAAGAAGAGACAGGGCAAGAGCAAGAUGUUCGGUGGAAGCACUUUGAGAUCGCCCUUCAGCAAGUUAAGAGGCAGAUCACCGAUGCUGUCCGUGAGGAAUACGAGCGAUGGGGACGAUCCGUCGAACUUAGUCAAUAA